AUGGAUCAUUUAGUUCGACGAACAUUGUCGGACCGGGUUGAAUUGAUCCAUGCUGUACAGGCCUUAUUCUGCAUGCUCCUUGCCCCAUUCACGCUUGCCGGCGCAUAUCCACGUGAGGAGUCCGUCAGUGAUUUAGCUUUGCAAAUUUGGUUCAGCAUCCUUGAGUGUGAUCUGGACCAAUCCGAUUCGACCGAAGGAAUCGAUACCACAAUCCAGCCCUCUUUGCUACAAGGUUUACAUAUUUCGUUUUUAGAACGAGCCUUCAUUAAGGUUUUGGAAAGUCGUACUGGUGAACAGAAGAAAUGGGAUGCAGCCAGGCCUCCACAACGACCUUGA